AUGGUCAUUAACGAAUACGUGAUUCUAUCAAAAGAUAACAUGAGUAUGAAGCCAUACCCUGAAAUAUUGCACUCAUUUAUGACAGUCGCUAUUACUCUCGGUCCACAUCUAUUAGGCCACAGUAUAGAAGAAUGCAGGGUCCUUGCAAGAAAGAAAAAGGAGGAGACUGAAAAGAAAGCCACUGACGAAAAAAGAAAAGGUAAUAACAGAAGAAACAAAGAUGACAAGGAGGAGGAUCACAACAAUAAUCAGGAUAGAGGGAAUGAGAGUGAAGUAAAUGAGAUAGAGGGGCAGAAGAAGCAAAACAAGAAUAACAACAAUAAGAGGAAUCAGGGGAACAAGGAGGAUCAAAAAAACAAAAAAGCUAAGGAUACCCAGACUGAGAAAGAAAAGAAGGCCAAGAGGAGGAGGAAAAAUGCUCUUCGCAAAGUUAUCAGAAAAAUAAAGGCUGGAAAGGAAAGACAAAAACAACAACAACAUGAGAAUGACACUGCAAAAGAAACAAGUUCAAAUGUCAACCCCAACAAUGAGAACACUCCAUUGGGGGAAGAGGAGAAGGAGAAUAUAAGUGUUCAAAAUGAUAUCAGUCCCAUUGUUAAGCCUCAAGAUCCUAUAAAUGAUCAGAACAAGAAAAAUGACAAGUUCGAAGAGGCUAAUACCAAUAUCACCCCUAUCCAUACUCAGAAUGACCAGAAUACUGAAGAUUACAUACAACAAGGAAGAAAUGAAGAAAACAGUGAGGAACAAAGUGUUUCAUCUGCCCCUCCAGGUUUCGAAAAACACAUAGAAACUCAGGACAGAGGAGACAUGAAAAGCCAAAACUCUACCAAUAAGAAUCCUGAUACUAUUGACUCUGAAGAGGAGGUGGCAAACAACCUGAUAAAUACUUUCUCACCUGGAGAACAUGAUUCAGGAAAUCAGCAAAAUCAUCAAUACUGUGGUCGAGAAUGA